AUGUCUAAUCGAGGAGAACAUUCAGCCAUCCGCAGUCGUUUAGGUGCACGUGGAGGUGGUCGUGAAGGUGGUCGUGGAGGUGGCCAUGGAGCUGACCAUGGAGCUGGCCGUGGAGGUACUACACGGGUGACCCAACCCUCACUGGAUACCUACUUUGAUGAUGACGAAACUCAAGGUGAAUACUCUGAAGAGGUGGUACCUGAUUCACAAGUAAAUGAAGAAGCUGAGGAUUCUGGAGUGGUUUGGAUGGCACCGGGUGAACUUUGGUUUGAUCACAGUUCCAUUUCGCGGGAUAUUACUAACGUCAUCCAGAAAUAUUUCAAGAGUCCUUGGACGUGUUAUACCAAAGUUGACAAGGAUACAAAAGAUCAUUGGUUCACUCUGUUCAAGAGGACCUAUAAAUGGUUGCCUGAGUUUGAUCACCUUGCUGUGCGUGAUUACCAUGCAAAUGCAUAUAAACGGGUUAAGUACAUCCACUACCGCUACCAAGGCAGUCACUAA